GUGAGUAUGGCGGCAACGGAAACUGUAAACAGUCAGCAGACUGAUUACGAGAGUAUCGUCAACCGCUGGUUAGUGGAUUAUUAUUUCUUUCUGGCUGUGGAUGCGUUUAAAAAGGAGCGAUACGAUGACUUCUGUGGUAUCAGAGAUGUACUUAACAGUGUCUUGCCCCGCCCUUUGCAGUCCACCGAUGUCCUGCCAACAAAGAUUCUGGUACUACAGUUUCUCUCCAGGAUAAAUGAGGGUGAACGUCUUGACGUGUACUUUGAGUCUGACCAGUCGAUAACUCCUCUGGAAUCAGCUUUAAAGUUGCUGGAGAAGAUGAGCCAGGGCUGCAAUAUUCCACAGGACUAUGAUAAUGUAUGCACUUCAGUUAGAGAGAUGAUGGUGGGGAUUUUAAUUAAGAACAAUGAAUUUGCCAAAGCAAAAGAGGUGCUGAACAAAUACUUUCCCAAACCAAUGGUUGGCAAGAAAGCUGUGUUCAUGGGUCUGAUCAGUAAAAAGAGUAAAAUGCACAAAGUCAUUGAGCAAGUCGACUUCCGCCAGUUCAGGGAAGAGAUGUUGGCCUUUUGCCAGAGGCUCUGCCCAGUUGGUGUUCCCUUUCUGCACAAGGCUGCACAACAGCUUAAUGAAAAACUAACAGAGCAAGACAACAAGGCAGCGACACCUGAUGAGCAAGAGGAACCUGGCCCAUCCUGUAGCCUACAAAUAAACACCGCCCUGUUUGUUCCAUGUCAACAUACAACUAUCCAGAGAACCAGGCUGGAGGCAGCCUACCAGGCUUUGGCCGCAGGUUCACACGAAAGAACAUUUGCUCAGCUUGAGGAAGAGGUGGAGAGAGAGGAGCAGGUGGUAAAUGAAGACCUUUCCCUGCGCCUCUCACCUUCUCCCAGGAGGGACUCCAAUGAGGACUCAGAGCAAGACGGGCUGUUUCAGAGAGACUCGGGCAGCCCGAUGGAGGCUUCCCCAGCAGACCAACCACCACAAACAGAUGCGGCCUGUCAAACACAGGCAGGUUCACUCUCAAAGACACCCUCAGUGCAGAGGAACAGGCGGAUUUACACUGUGGCACGACUGGUGGUCGAACCGGACAGUCAGACGAGCUCGCAGUGCUCAGCGGCUUCUCAGGAGCUGGAGACUGAAGCCAGAGCAGAAGACCCACCGCAGGCACCGACUGUAUCCAGUAAACAAGACCCACAGAGCCCACUAACAGACAGUGAGGUUACCAAACCCUCACGGAAGCACCGCAAACGAACCAGCAAAAAAGGCAGCAGAGCCUCAACUAGUUUGGCAGAGUUGUCAACAGACAGUGAGGAGGACCCUCCUGACUCUGUGGCCAACAGGCACAUUUGUGUGGGAAAACAGCGUAACCAGACCAAGAGAUCACUCAGAAACUCCACCAAGUCAAAACAGUUGUCAUCAGACUGUGAGGAAGACCCACAGGAGUCCUCGACCUCCUUCAGAACCCCAGUGCGGAGAACUCAGAAACAACUGACCAGCGAUCCUCCCAGCAAUGAUCCAGGUAGUGCGGAUGAUGUCCGUGUCAUAGACUCUUCGAUGGACAGCUCGCCCAGUCUGGCCUCUCACCCACCCGUCCCUCAGACAAGCUCCACUCCACAUAGGGACUCUGCUCAGGACAAAAUUUCUCAUUCAAAAUGGAAACAACUGUACAAUAAUGCAAAGGAGAGCAAGGAAAGAUGGAGCGAUGAGGAGUCAUAUUUCACCUCCAGAAAGAAAAGCGGAUCGAAUGAGAGCACCAUUUCAAAUUCAGGCCCCAGUAAGAGGAAGUGGACUGAAAGUGAGACGCAGAAGUUGAAAGAAGGGGUCAAAGAAUUUGGAGAGGGGAACUGGAGUAAGAUAAAGGCAUAUUACGCCUUCAGUGGUCGAACAAAUGUCAACCUCAAGGACAGAUGGAGAACACUGAAGAAGUUAAACAUGGUCUGAGCAGGUUCAGGUCAUGUUCAAGUGGAGUGCAAUGGACUUCACUUUCUUUGAUGAAAUUUUGUUUUCAGAGGAAUAUGGGUUAUUCCUCUACUUCAGAGGUAUUUUUUCUAAUGUUUUCUACAUCAAUAAUGUUAGUAUUGUAUGUAUUGUAAAGGUUCAUAGGACUUUCUAGUUCAAUAAAUUUUCAGGGCUCAAUUU